AUGAAUCUUAAUUUAAAAGGAAACAAAAAUAUAGUUUAAAAUUUUUCAAGGUAUGUUAGGAAGAAGAUUGAAUCAUUUUACGUUUAAGAGACAUAUUUAUUAUUUAACUCAUUUGAUAGACCUUAUUUAGUUGGCAUAUUUUUAAUUAUAUUUAGACAAUAUGAAAUAUUGCAAUUUAAUUUUAAUAAUGACUCAUACAAAUAAUUGCUCAAUAAUAAUUAGAGUACAAACUCAUAUAUCAAAGCAAUGAUUAUGGAGUAAUGGCCAAAUUUACUUGUCGAGUUUAUCUUUUAUAUUCUUUUUGUUUUAAACAUCAUCUUAUAUCUAUACUUAGCGUUUAGGCUCUCAUUAUAUCUUUCAGGAAGAUAAUUUAGGAAUUUAAAAAUAUUCUCGCUUCUUUUCAGAGCAUACACUUAUAUAAAUUUUAUAGCUUCAAUUUAUGCAAGCUUGUGUUUUUAUUCAAAGCAAAGUGAAAUGUCUAUUAUUAAUAUAUUUCUCACCAUAUCGCUACAAUUUAUAAUAUGCUCAACUGACUUCGACAUUAGAUACACUACGAAGGAUUACUUAGCUAAAAAGAGUUCUAAGCAUGACUAUUUUUUUAUCACUCUAAAAAUAGUGGUUAUAUUUGUUAUAAAAUUUGGAAGCUAUAAAAUUUUACCUUUUUUUGGAUUCUUUUUCAACUUGAUCAAGCUAAUUUAUCUGUAUAUAUAUCAUCCGUUCUAGAAUUUUAAAAUAUAAUAAAUUGAGUUUAGUCUUACUUUGACGAAUGUAGGAAUUUCAUUUAUCAUGUUAGGAGAAUUUAAUAACUAUAAAACAGAUUUUAUAUUUGGUUUGUUAGUUUGUAUACCUCUGAGCUAUUAAGCUGGAUAUUACCUUAUGACUCAUAAAUUAUUAUAAAAUAAUAUAAAAGCACUUACAAUUAUCCACACUUAAAAAGGGGUGUAAAAAACAGUUAAAUAAUUGGAGAGAAUAGAUUUAUUUUUAAGAUAUGUAGCUUAUAAUGUGAGUACUAAUUUGUCUCAUUAUCUGGAAUCUCCUAACUCGCUAAUUUUAGAAAAAAUCGUUACAGAGCAUCACUUAAAUUGUGAAGAAUAUCCUCACUGCUUUUGCAGAAAAUAUUAAGAUGAAGAAAUUACUAAAAAUGACUUCGUUGGCGAUAACAUUAGAAAAUAAUACUUAGAGUAUUAUAUUAGAAAUACCUAUAUUUCAGAAUGCAAGUUGCUGAAGAAUCAAUCAAGUGAUUUUCUUUUUAGUUAUUAUGCGUUUAUGAUUAACUGGACUAAAAAUUAGACAACAUCCUUUAGAGAAAUUCUUUCACACAAAGAAAAAUACUCCAAGCGAAUUACUCUAAGAUAAAAAAUGUUGCUGAAAUAUAUUUUUAAUUUGGCUUCUUAGUAGUUUGAAUUGGAGGCACAAAGGAUAUAUUAAAAAACACAUGGGUAGCUCUUGGAUAUUAUUUCAUUUGAUGAAAAUUUAGAAGAUGCAUCUUCAUAGUAUCGUCAGUGCCUCAAGGAAAAAUAAGAAUUAUUACUAAUAAUGUGUAAGGACUAUAUAAAUUUAAAUUAAUUAGAAAAAUAAGCCUUGAAACUGUAGGAAAGAAGGACAAGACUGCAAGAUGAUUUAGUUAGAUUAUUUUAAGUCAACAGCACAAGUCUUUCGUUGCUUAGUUUAUGUGAAGGCUUUGAAGAAUGCCUUACGAUAGAACCUAUAUUUAGGAUGAUGUAUUUAAAUAAAAUUAAAUUGGGCUAGAAAAAAAAUCGUAUACCUUAUUACUAAGAUGAUUCCUGUGCUAUUUUUAUUUCAUUGCUUAAUGAUAUUGGAAAAAUACUUAAAGUAUCAAAAAAUUUCAAAGAUGUAGUACCUAUUGUAAAGAAGAACUCUGAUGCAAUAGGCAGAAAUGUGAACUUUUUAAUGAAUGAAGAAAUAGCUAUUGUCCAUGAUGCAAUAUUGCUUCAUUGUGUUUAAAAAAAGCUAGUUAAUUAAGACAUGAAACAUUAUCCUACUAUUAUUGGAAUAGAUUCUGAUGGCUGGUCAAUUCCUUACAGCUUUAAGGUCUAGCUUUGCAUGCUAAGCGAUAAGUAACUAGGUGCUUGUGGAUGGUUAAAAUAAAUAGUUGACGGAAAUUUAUAUGUAACUACCUCACCUAUUACUGAAAAUUAUAGAUUUAAUGUCUUUGAUGAAAAGUUCUUCAACAUUCUUUUCAAGGGAAACUUUACUUAAAAUGAAGCUAAGAAGAUUAGAUUAGGGUUAUUAAUGCCAAUAAUGAAGCAUCUUGCUUAAAAAGGUUCACCUGGAUCAUCUUAUGAAACUAUAAUCAUUAAACCCAUCAACAUUAGUGAAGCUAGUAUAGAAAGAGACAUUUAUGAUCCAAAUAUCAUAUAAGACCUUACUCAUCUUAAUCUAUAUUAAAUACGCUUUACCUACUAUCCAGUUAACACUCACUAUGUUUAAUUUGUAGCAUUUUAAGUUUAUCAUUUAAAACCGCUGUAUGACGUUAAUUAAAAGAGAGAAGCAAUUAAAAAUUUUAGGAUUUAAAUUUAAGAAUAUGCUGAUGCUGAGGUAAUUAAAUAAAAACUAGUAAAUUAGCAAAAUAAAUUAAUAGAGAUAAGAGAAACUUCAAAAGAUAAUUUUGGGUCCAUAGAUAGUUCUAUGCUAGGAAUAAAUUCUCUCUCUUAUAUUGAAGAUAAUUUGGUGUCAAUGUAAAAAAGGACAGAUGGCAGAGGUACACGAAAGGAAUCUUUGGUAAUAACUCCUAGAAACUUCUAAAUGGAUCUUUAGUAAAAAUAUGUAAAAGCUAGUUAACAAAACAUUUAAAAUGAUUCUGAGUCUUAAUAUUACGAUACUCCCAGAGAUCUUACAAGCUUGUAGGAUGUCAAUAGUUAAAAAAGGUAAAUAGAAGAGGAGUACUUUAAAGUAGAAAAUAAUAGGGUAAAAUAAUUAAAUAAUGGUUAUGCUAAAGGGAAACCCCCUACUGUUAAGAGUGAAUAAAUGAUUGUAAAUCAAUUGUUGACUUAAAAUUAAAAUGCUCAAUUAAUGCAAGGAUAACCAGGUAUUCUAAUGUAAGAAGCUCCCUUAAAAGCUUUAAAUGGCUUUAGAGAUUAAAAAUUAAUUUUAAAUACAAAUUUGAAUGAUUUCUAAAAUAUUGAUAGUGCAAAUUAGUAGCAUAUUAUGAGUGAUUCUACUUACUUUUCACCUGCAUCAUCACAAAGAAAAGCACUUAUAUUCCCUGAUACUUAAAGACAAUAUAACACUGAUGCUAUUAUAUAUGAUACAGCAAUCUAAGAAAACACUGCUGCAGAAAAUGGAGAUGAAGAAGGCUAUUAAAACGAUAAUCCAAGGAAAAGAGUAUCUUCAUUUAAAAAUAGCAUGUAUUCUUAGAGCAGAAAAAAAAAUGUAUCAAUUCAAGAAAACUUACCAAUCAUGAAAAACAAUAUAAAUUUAGAAUAAAUUAUUUCUAACUCUAAUGAUGUAGUAGAUUAGGAUUUAGAAUUUGAAGAUUAAAACUCAUAAGAGCUUUCAAAUUAAGCUUAAGAAGAUUUAGAAGAAGAAACUUAAAAUAAAUUUAAAGAAGGAGAAAGAGAUAGUACUAAAACUGGAAAGACAUCUAAAUCUUCUGUUAGAUAACAUAUGCUAAACACAAUACGAUCAAAAAAAUUCUCUAAUAGCUUAAGAGCUACAAACAUGAUAGGAGUGGUCUCAAUAAUUAUAAUUUUCAGUCUUAAUAUUAUUAGCUUUUUCAUUUAGUAUGAUGAUUUGCUAAAUCAAUAAAGCAAUUUCCAAAAAAUAUUUUGGAUUUACUAAGAAAAAAAAUAUUUAUCUUUAAUGUUUGCAAAUCAAGGAAUUUAAAAUAGUUUUGAUACAGGCUUAAUAAGCUAUGCUAAUAAAUCUGACUUAUAACAAUUAGGAUAAACUCUCAAAUAUUUUUCUAAUUAUACAUAUAUUUCUUACUAUGAAUAUAUGAGAAUGGCUACAUAAGUAACAAAUAGGCCUGUUUAUGUCUUUGAAGUUAUGAAUUCAUACGACAUACAAGUUCUGAUACUUGAUUCAAUUUACCAUACAAAAUUUGCAGUAAAAGUAAAUUUUUACUACGAAAUGCUCUACUUUAUAAAUUUUUUGAAUGUAAUGAUGUACAAUAAAUAUGAUGGUGGGUAUUCUUAAGAAUCUAUGUACGCCAAUUAUCAAUAUAUAUUUAUGUCUCUUGAAGAUGUUUAUAGAAUGAAUCUCAAAAAUUUCAAUUCUUAAAUAAAUGAAACAAAAUUGCUUUUAACUAUUUAGCUAGUUCUCAUAUCUGUUGUAACUGGAUUGUUUGCACUUUUAAUGAUACCUGUUCAUAUUCAUAGCUAAAAUUAAAAAGAAGAGAUAUUGAAAUUGUUUGCAACAAUAGCUCCUGAUAAAAUUAUCUAUAUGAUGCAGUCAAUAAGCAUGCAUUUAGACUAGCAAGAAAGGAUUGAAUUAUAAAAAUAAAAAAUGAGGUCUUCAAGAUUCUAAGAAAAAUAAUUCCUUUAAUCAGCAAGAUAGUAUGGAACUGGUAUUUAAAUUAGAAUGAGCUAGUCAAAUAGGGCUAGUGUUUACUCUAAAAAUUAUGAAAAUAUUUAAAAAAGUUUGAUAAAUUUAAAGAAAAAAAACACAAGCUCAACAAACAACAUACCUAAAAUAUCAAGAAAGUUUCUUUUAGGAUUAUUUUUUGGCUUAAUCAGCAUGCAAUUUUAUGGAGUCAGUAAAUUUAUUCUAGGCAGCUUAGAAAUAGAUGAUUUUUAAACACAGAUAAAUUUCUUAGCAUCAUUCGAUAUGUUCUUUGACAAUAUUGCAAGCUAGAUUAAUGCAAGAUACAAUUUAAUUCCAGGAAUUGAUAAUUAAUACAUACCCUUAGAAACUAAAUAAAAUUAUUUAGAUUUUUCUUCUGGUUUUUAGCAAGCAGGACCUCAAAAAUUGAAUUUGUUAUUGAAUCAAUUUUAGAACUAUGAAAACUUUUCUGGAAGUUAGAAAUAGAAAUAUCAAAACUUUUUAUAACCUCUUUUUAAAAGUAAUGUUUGUGAUGUAAUUUAAAAUUCUCCACAAAGCUAUAUAGAAAAUUUAGAAUUUAAUGUAAGUUAAUGCUAAAAUCUCUUAGGAGGAGUAUUUUAGCAAGGUCUGUUUGUAGUGGCACAAAAAUAUAUGGAAAUUUAUAACAACUUUAUGGAAGGAGUAGUAAAUUUAGACGUAAAUUAAGCUCAAGCUACAAUGGAGAAUAUGUAUUAGACAUUAAAUCUAAACGAUGAGUUCAAUUUUUCAAUUUAAAUAAUGAUGACUACUAAAAUUGUUCACAACUUCUUUUAAGAUAUUUACUCAAUUGAUUUUAAUUAGAAUUUAAUGAUAUCAGUCAUUCUUUUAGUAGUUUAGUUAGUUAUCUUGCUAUUUGUUUUGCUAGUUGGAUGGAGAAUUUAUUACAAAGGAAUAGGUACAUAGUUCUAUUAAACUAAAUAAUUGUUAGACUUAAUUGAUCUAACUAUCUUACUAGAAAGUCCGUAUGUAGUAUCAUAUUUUAAGAAGAAUACUUGA